AUGAUUUUCAGUGAUAGCCUACGGUUAGGCCUAUGCGACAACCUACCUUUAACUUUAACGGGAUCAGCUACUACUACGGGCCAGACCCCCAUUGAACGUGCUUCAACAUUCUCGCCCAACAGUAUUCCAGAUUUUUUGGGUCCAGUUGCCACCUUGGCUAAACAUAUAAGCCGUUAUCACAACUUUUGUGUUCUCUUAUGCCUUGUCACAGUUGUUCUGCAUGUUCUUGAGGCAGCCUAUGCUGGAAAGGUUUGCUAUGAUCGAGGCAUGACAAGUGCAGCCACAGCUAAGUGGGUAAUCUCCACUUUUUUCUUUGGCUUCUCCUCAUUAAAGUUGCGUUUAUUACCAUAUAAACCAGUCCGGAAAGAAGCAUGAUGCACCAGCAAAACAUCCAGUGGACUAAACACAAACUAAUUUCUAAUCAGUUCAUUGUUUUGAUGUUUCUUUAAAUUAUUUAGUUAAGAUCCUUCAGUCAUUGAGGACUUUAAAAAUCUAUUGUAAAAUAACUAGUCCAUGGCAAAAAUCUUAUAGAUGAGUUUCUCCUGAUAAAAUGUGUUAUCUUAAAAUUUCAAAGAUGAAUGACACCAAUGUCAUAAAAUGUGUUAAUAGAUUUAAAAAGUUAUGUAAUUUCCAAGUAAUUAGAAAACAGACAAAAACUGAUUUUUUUUAACCUACUGUUAUUUUUGUGAACGAAUAAUGUAUAAAAAAAUCCAACCUAGAGCCAUAGAAAUUAGAAGUCUUGUAAAUUGUAAAUCUAUAUUACUCUAAAGUUUGCAAUAUCCAGUGCCCAUUUUAUUCACUCAUCUAAAAGCUGUCAUUUCACAGCAAAGAAAAUAUACAAAAUUAGAAUGACAAGAAAUUCAAGCAUCCAUUUUUGUUGUCAUUUUCCCAUUGAAAAAGUAAAAAAGAAAUUACACUCAUGCUAAAUAUUUCUAUUUAAGUCUACACUUAUUUAGGACUACCCUCAAUUAUUUUUCUAUUCCUACCGCAUGGAUUAUUAUGUUAAAGCUCAUAAUUAAAAUAGAUUAAGGUUAACAUUAAUUAUAUUAUUUCCUGAUUAGUUGGUACAGAGUUUUAUAGUGUUUUUUCUUUUCCUUUAUUUAUCUCUUAGAAUCACUAUUUUUGAUUUUGGUGUUAUUUCAAAGGAUAAUUAAAUUAGAUUUAAAUGUACGAAUACAACUAAUGAUCUUAAACUUAUACAUUCUAAAUUGUUUGAAGCAGGGAAUACAUUGAGAAGGUCAUACCUAAAACAUUGAAACGGCAAUGAAUGGCAAAGUGAAAUAAUCGCAUUUUCCUCGCUCUUUUUAAAAAUUCGAUUUAUUUUGAACAAUUCAACUUUUGAUGGAAUAGUAGGAUGACUGAGACAGUGGGGGAACUAGAAAAAAAGGGCAACCCCGCAAAAAAAUUUUGUAGGCCCUCCCCCUUAUAUAUAUAUAUAUAUAUAUAUAUAUAUAUAUAUAUAUAUAUAUAUAUAUAUAUAUAUAUAUAUAUAUAUAUAUAUAUAUAUAUAGAUAUAGAUAUAUAUAUAUCCAUCUGGUACACGAAUAAAUCAGAGGUUUUCCAACACACGAGCUGGCCCCAUUCAGUUUUCCAAGUGAGAAGCACGUACUCUCUAAAUCUAGUCCAACACACCAAACUGACGCCGAUUUUUUUUUUUUUGCCCUGUUUUCCAGAAGUUGAAUUAAAUGUUAACAAUGUCGGCAGUUCAUUUCUUGGAUCUUAGGGCGCGGGUUUGUCCACACUACCAACUAGACACGCCAAGGCAUGCUGUAAGUCCCUCGGCGACGGCCCAGGUGUCAGGGAAGUCACGGGGCUCUUGGGAGCUACCGGUUACAUUACUGCACAGGUGAUGGGUGCGACACAUUGUUUCUUCCGGCAGAGCCGCCCCUCCCCUUCCCUGAAAACAGUCUACCCUCCCCCCCCCCCUCUGAACGAAAUGGAAAUUUUAAAUAGAAAAUAUAUACUUUUACCAAUGUCUGACCCCCCCCCCCCCACGAAAAUAUCAAGUGCACCCCCUCCCGGAGACUUAUUCCUAGUGUUGUGAGAAUUUUUAAACGACUGUCUGUGGGGGUCAACCUGGUCAUAUGUGAUGCGCUCAGGAUGACACUGCCGCCGGUGGAUUAAAGUACUAACCCCAUCCGCUUAUGCAGGAUCUUGGGGCACUAAAUCACAUAUUUCCGUUAGGCGUCCCCACUCCAAUAUGUAAACAAAUGUUAGUAGGCCUAUGACAGAAACCUUUGCGGGGCUGUACUCCAGUAGCGUAGGGGG